UCUAGACAGCCUGGUCCACGAUACAAUAUGCAUUUAUUUCAAUUUCAGGAAGAUCAUCUUUCGUUGCCUCAAGCGAAGGGACAGAAAAAGGCAUGUAACAGUCACCAACACCAAGAAAACAAGAGUGACUUUCCGUAAAAUAACAUUCAAGGUUGAUAUUUCCGAGCCUUUUUUAGCCGGUAACUCUUUAUCACUUAUAAUGCGCUUGGUGGAAAUGUUUCGCAUGUUUUCCGGUUACGGCUGGUAUGAUCCUAAAAAAUCCAAAGAUUUAUCAUCAUUCAACACUUAGAUAGUCUUGUAUUACGGUACGUCACAGAUUUGUAACUUGAACGCGGUUCUUGGCUGCAGUAAUCGUUUGGCUAGCAUCUUGAUGAAACAGUAGAGUUCUUGCGUGAAAAGGUUGAUGUUUUGAACUUCGACUGAGGAGUUAUCUGGUCCACGAAGCCUCGGAGGAUGACAACCGAAGCUUGCUUCAUCUUAAGUCCAAAACAUGUUACUCGCGGAAGAUCACCUUUGAAAGUGAUGAAGUUCAACUAACAGCAUUGUUAUGACUUCUGAGGAAGAGGUGGAGAAGAUGUCUGCGCAAGUAACCAGCCAAGAAGAAAUGGCUUCCUCUUCACCUGACAAUCGUGAAAAAGCUGAACAAAGUCAGAACCCUAAUGGCACUCCUGGACAUGCCGAUAAUGAACGAGAUCUACUCGAAGCAAGCCAAGCAACUGCAACUUCAUCCGAAAAUAGUUCGUCCCUCAAAUGCGCCUUGAGACUUAAAGAACUAACGACUCAAAUGAACAGCGUAGGUAAUCGACUCCAGGCGCAGCUUGUUUCUCUGCAUGAAACAGUUUGUAAAGGAACGGAGACUUCCCAAGGAGUUAAUACAGACUUCAAUUUGUUUUCCCCUGAGCUAGUUGAUAAGUUACAAGGCAGUACCUCUGACCUCAGCGCUAAAGUGAAGGUUUUGGAGAGUUAUUUGGGAGAAGCGCAACAACUGUUGACUCUUCAAGAGAAGCUAAACAAUGGAGUCAAUGGCUUGAAUGGGGUCUCGUCUUGUCGAGAGAAAAAUCAAACAGAGAAACAACUCGAAUCAAAACUCGCCGAAAUAAGUGGGAAACAAGAAGCGAUUGAUGAGGAGAGAUCGAGACAAGACAUGGAUUUCUUGAACACUAACGGAAACAUAGACGACCACGAGAAAUUUGAUGGAAAAGAAAGUGAUGGUAUUACCAGACUGGAUAAAUUGGAAUUAGACAAUCAAAACUUUAAGAAGCAAUUGAAAAUAAUUAAAAAUAAAUUAGACGAACGAGGACUUUUAGAUGAUGAGCUCACAGCACUUACAAAUGUCCAAUCGAUACUUGGCGUCAAAUAUGAGGAUUUUUCUGCCUCAGAUGAACUUGUCAUCUUACAGAAAGAGAGAAAGGUUCUUCUUACGACUAUUAGUAAACUGCAAAGUCGAGAAAGCAGCGACAGCAAGGAACAAAUUGAUAUUAACACCAGUGAUAAAGCGGUCCAAUGUAAAAUCAACAUUUUGGGUCAAUUAAGUAACCAAGGCGCGUCGCUAUCCAGUGAAUUUGAAGAGCUGAAGAAGCUUUCAGGCGAGCUGCAGGCGGAAGUGGACGAACUAGACGAAGAAAACAAAACUAUGGAGGAAGAAACUUUUAAAUUGAAGGAGGAAAAAAGAGUGCUCGAAGACAGCGUGAACAAGUUGAGAGCUCAAAUAACUGAUGCGUUGGAUUCGAGUUUUGAGGAAAUGGAGCAUGUACAUCACGAGAAGGAAGAGCUUCAGGUCCGGUUGCAAUUUAUGGAGGCUGACAACAAAAAACUACGUGACACCUUUGCUGAGCUGUCGAAGAAGAAUGCGGAUUAUUUGGAAGUCGUGCUGGACGAAAUUGAAAGAAAGGAUUCCCUUGAGGAUGCUGUGGACUAUUUGAGUACCGAGGUCGAGAAGCUUAAUGAAAUCAAUAUCCAAGCGGUGUACAGUACCAAUGAAGCAUGUCCCCCCAGGGACACAACGCUAAAAUUUCAUAACUCCAGCCUUUUGAGUGAAAUGAAAACAUGUAAAGAGUUAAUAGAUUCACAAAGAGAACAGAUACGGCAACUUCAAGUGGACAAAAGAGAUAUCGAAGACAGUUAUAUCAAUCUUAAGAGAGAGGCGCUUAUUUUGCGGACGAAGCAAGGCGAAAGGACUUCUCUGAGGUUGAAAAGCAUCGAAAACCUCGCUGCUAGUAUGCAACCCACUCGGAAAACUUCAGUCGAACGAUGUGAAUAUCUUAAACAAGAAAUCCUUCGCCUGACCAAGCGCGGAACUGAAUUGGAAAAUUCAAUAAGAACGUUGAAAUCCGACAACUCCAACCUUGAGGAGGAAAAGGUUUGUCUGCUAGACUCUUUGUUACAUCAACUUGAAAAGAACGAAUCCCUUCAGGUGCAAAACGAUGAACUCAAGAGUACAAUUAAACAAAACAAUGGCGAUAAAGAGCUCGGAAAACCGUCAACUAAACUCCUACUGGAUAACGAACUAAGUACAACAACCCACGAUCGUGAUACGGAUGUGAAUGGAAAUGUGUCCGAAUGCGAAAAUCACACUCGACUGCUAACGAGCGAAGACACAGCACACGAAAAUGGCUCUGACACGAAGUACGCAAUCGACGAGUCACGGGAGAGGUCAUAUCAACUUGGUGAACAGCUGCAAAGUUUACAAGAGCGUGUGCUUGAAGUUGAAAAGGAAAAAGAGAGGAUUCAGAUAGAUUUAAAAGACACCUACAAAAAUGAGAAAGAGCUUCGAGAGAAGGUCGCACAUUUGAAAAACGAAUGCACAGUUUUAAAGAAUCAGUUGAAAAAGAACAAAGAAGUUUCAGACACGCUUCAAGGAUGUCUUCAAGAAGCACACGAAGAGAAAGAAGAGCUUGUCGAGUCUUUGGACGAGGUCAGCGAAGAGAAGACCACUUUGGAGAAGAAGAUUGAGAUAACGGAGAAGGAACUCAACGAGUUGAAGGAGAAAUACCAGCGUUUGCAGAAUGAGUUUGACUCUGUUUCAGUUGGGGCACAAAAUGUUGACAAAUCCAAAGAGCAGAUGAAAUCUAUUCGCGCUAAACUAUUCGAGCUCUACGAAUCCCUGACAGAUAAAGAAAAGGAUAGUGCAUCCGAAGAACUCAGUACGGGAGCUCCAGAAUCGACAUCGUUAGACGAACAAGGCAACAGCAUACUUUCAUUGGCCGAGAAAGUUCGCAGAGAAGUCAACCUCCUCAAGAAAGAACUCAGAAGAGUGAAAAUUGAACAGGAGCACUUAAAGACGAAAUUCGACACGUCUCAAACGGAGAAAUUAUCACUGCAGAAGUAUGUUCGAGAGCUUGACGAGAAGAGGAGGCAAGUGAAGAGUUUUAUCACAAAACUCACUGAAGAAAAAGAAGUAAUUUCGGAGCAAAUGGAGGAAAUAAAACAACAGAAGAACAAUUUAGCUGACGCUCUGGAAAAUGUCUAUCAAAGCAAAGAGAGUCUGCAAUGCCAGCUAGAAGAUGCGUUGUGUAAGCAGCAUGAAAACAGCAAGUCGGUAACUGAGGCAUCUGCAGAGGUCCAAAGCUUGAAGAAGUCGCUUUACAAAAUGGCUGGAGAGCGAGAUACUUUGAAAGAUGCACUACUUGAAACCACAAAAGAGCUGCAAAUGGUGAGGACCUCUGAGGCAAAAUGGAAAGAAAAAGCUACGGGCUCUCAAGUAGAGGCUGACCAAAGCGUACAAGAAACAAACGACGCAGGCAACAAAGUUGACGAAAGCGAAGUCAUUAAUCGCCUGCAUCUAGAAAACGACGGGCUGAAAAAGCAGUUAGAAAUGUUGAAAACGACUCAACUUUCUCCGCAGGAAGAAGCCUCUGGAAGAAGCUCGGUCGUCACGGGUGAUAUUCCGGAGAAGUUGGCGGAACCUGAAGAUCAAUUGCAAUCAACAAUGGCUUCAGAGUAUGGAAACAGCUCGGAUGUUUUUGAAAUGGUUACUUCUUUCGGGAUGAGAUCUUUCGAAGAAUCGUCCAAUGCUGGUACGGAGUUGCCGGUUUCAAGCGAAGCGAACUCCUGGCUUGAAAGUGGACCACUUGAUGAGGAAGAAGCAUUUGAAGUUCGUUUCAGUAAAGUGUGCGCAGAAAAUAAAACAUUAGAAGCGCAACUUCGACGAAGCACCGAAGAGAACGAACAACUAAAGAUUUGGUUUGAAUCAGUCUCAGCUGAGAAGGAAGUCAUGGAAAAAGAACAAGAAUCGAUGAGCAAGGAGAACGGAGAACUGCUACGGGAUCUGGAAAGACUGAGGCAAUCCCUUGACGAGGUUUCGAACCAAAACAAUGUUGAGGACGAACCCGGAGAAAAUCUUAAAGCUGCUCUGGAAGAAAAAACUAAAGAGAGCGCGAAGCUUCGAGAAGAUUUGCAAAAACAAGAAGAUGAAAGACAGGAGUUGACACAAGCUCUUAAACUGGCUAACAUGCGCAAAAAGUCUUUGGAAAAUGAAGCAAAUGAAUCGUGGGAAAGAGCUGAAGCUCUCGAAAAAUCAUUAAAAUCCAUCAAACAAAAGAAUGAUUCACUUUCGAAGGACAUCUCUGCUUUAAAGAAGGAGAAAGAGGGUCUUAAUAACUCUUCAGAAAAACUAGCUCAGGACUAUAAGAGGCUGCAGCAAAAUCUCGACGCGCUGAAGAAAAAGCUUGAAAACGCUGAGGAGGAAAAAGGCGAAAAGAAUGAAAAGGUUGUUACACUCUCGAAAGAUGUGAAAUUGUUGCAAGAGCAGCUCCUAGAAAAAUCACACUCCCUGACCGAGUUAGAGAACAAACUAGAGAAUACCAUUAAGGAAAAUGGAGAUCUUCAUACCCAGCUUGAAGCCCAGGAGACCAAGCAAGAACAACUCGUGAAAGACUACAAGACGCUUGAGGAAAAUCAGGCGAGGGUUCAAACAGAAAUGAUCGAAGAAAAUAAAAAUCUCAAAAAGAAGGAAAGUGAGCUAGAAAGUACAGUUAAAGAGCUAUGUGAUGAAAUAAAAAACCUGAAGAGUUCGUUGAAGGACGCUGAAGAUAAGCUUGGCACCAUCGAGGAGGACAUAGAUGUGAAGGAAGAAGAAAAAGCCAGUAACUUAAAAGAACAAGUGGAAAAACUGCGAGGCGAUAAAGAAUCUCUAAAGCGCAAGUUAGAGGAAACAGAAAACGAGAGCAGCACAGCGAGAGAACAACUUAAGGAACUGAAAAACCAAGCCUCGGAAUUGCUUUUGUUUAUAGACCGAUCGGUCGAGAAGAACCCUACGAAAAUGUCUCACAAAGCUGCACAAGAGGACACAAGUCACGUUCGUUACGUCUGUGAUUACAUAGAAGCUAUCUUAGAGGAAAAAGCUAUUUCAGAAACAAGGCUGAAAGAAGAAAUGACAAAUUUAGAAAGAGCAGAAAAAACAUUACUAGAACUGAGGAAUGAGCUGCAAACACUGACAGAGAGACUUGAGAAGGCUGAAGAUUCAAAUCGUUUAAUUGAAGAGGACAACAAACAACUAAUACAAGAACGAGCCGAGCUGACGCUUCAGCUCGAAGAAGCACUGGACGGUGAUCAAACGGAAGAGCAGUCUUCAAAACCGAAACGUUCUGCCCGGGAGGAGGUACGACUAUCGCGCGAAAUCAAUGACGUUCGGACUCUUAUUGACAAGCUAAGUUUGCAAAAAGAAAAACUGGGUGCAGCAUUGGCGAAUAAAGAGAAGCAAAUCGCUGCUGUUACGGCCGAAGCCACUGAAAAGACGAGGAUGUUGGAGCACAAGGAAAGAGAAGCUGAGUCGCUGAGCCUCACGAAGGCAGAAGUGGCUGUAGCUUUGGAAAUGGCGAAGGAUGGCUCAGAGAAACUUCUCGCGGAGCUUGGACGCGAGAGGAGUAGAGUCGAAACUUUACAGCUGGAGUUGGAGAACGAGAAGAAACAGCACUAUCACAACCAACAGGAGAAGUCUGAUCUGACAGCUUGUGUAAGCCGGUUGGAGGAAGAGAAAAAAUCCUUUAAGAUUGCUGAAACUAGAUGUAGAGAUCUCGAGAAACGUUUAAAGAAAGCAGAAGAAGAGAAUCUUCAGAUUCAAGCACUGAACAACGAUCUUACGGCAAAUCUGAAAUCUCAAAAUGCUAUAUUAGCUUCGGUGAAGAAGGACGCUAAAGAUCAUGAGUAUAAAUGGAACAACGAGCUGGCCCAGAAGGACGAGUUACUCCGCUCACUGAAUCAGGAUAUUAAGAAGUCAAAUAUCUCCUUUUCCGAGAUGCUAAGAGUUGUAGACGAGCAGAAAACCAAAAUUGCUAACCUUGAUAAAGAGUGUAAACAAAAUGAGAAGUCACGAAAAGAGGUAGUCGAGGAAAGAAAUGUCCUGCAAAAGAAGUUGAAAGAAGAAGCAGAUGCUAAUGAUGCGUUGACCCUUAAGCUACAAGAGAUGGAAAGAGCUGUAUUUAAUCAUAGCGAAGAAAACGAAGAUCUUCAAAAACAAAUCGCAGCUAGUGACAUUGAGAAACACCUUUUACAGAGAAAGCUACAGGACGUGGAAGAACAAAUGAAUAGUAAAGAGAAACGGCUAGCCGAUCUAAAAAGAAGCACACAGUCUCUAGUGGAUGAGCGAACUCAUUCCAAGAUAGGGAUAGCUGCGCUCCAAAAAGAUCUUACCGAGAAGACUUUGUCUCUAGAAAAGGCGCGUAAGGAACUGAGUGAUUUAAGAGGGUCAAUUGACAAAGGAAAAGGAAAAUUUGAGCAAAUGAAAGUGGAAAACCUGGAGCUGAAGAGGUCACUAGAAAAUGCAGAGAGCAAACUGCGAAGAGCGGAAACAACGUCAGCAAAAACAAAAGAACAAAAUGACAAACUGAAAAAGAAGCUCGAAGCUAUCGAGGAAGAGAUGGCCGCCUUAAAUACAGCUUUCGCUGAAGCACAAACAAAGGAAAAAACUCUACUUAUCGAAAUGAAGACUGAAACAGAACGGAUCGAAAAUGAGUUGGAAACACUAACAAGUGAAUGUGAAACUCUGAGGGGAAAAUUGGAUGACGCAGCUGAUGAGAAGAGCGAGCUUGAACGAGAACUUCAGCUUGAAAGAGAUGGUAGGAAGAGGACUGAAGAACAAUUGAUCACAAUUUCAAACGAGCUAGGAACUUUGAAGGUUUCAGUACAAACGGUCGCUCAAGAUAACGAGAACCUAAAACUAACCUUGCAGGACCAAGAGAAAGAGCGUACAAGCAAAAAAGACGUUUCUUUAGAUGAGAUGGACUCAGGAAGUUUCGGAAUUGGCGAGGAAGCAAUCUCAUGUGCCCAGGAAGGCGAACUUUCAUCUGCAGCAGAAGUGAAUUUUAGUUUGGAGUCCACUCCAAACGAUCAAGAUACUCUUGAGGAUAAACUUGCAAAACAACGCCAGUUAAAUGCAGAUUUAUAUGAAGAACUGGACGAACUCAACGAUGAAAAAGACGAACUGAACGAAAUCAUUGAAGAAUUGAGGUCGAAAACAAAGAAACUGGAACGAGACAUGGAUGCUUUGAUCGAGGAAAAAGAAACUCUGGAGGAUAAACUGGACGAGAAUGCCAAACGUUACAAAGAGGAGCUUGGAUCUCUGACGGAUGGAAAUAAGGAGCUGUCCAGAAAGUUAGAGGUCUUACUUAGGGAUAAAAAUACCCUUCGCGAGGAGAUUAAAACAAAGGAACAGAAGAACCGCAAAGCAGUAGAGGAUGGGAAAAGGUUGGAAGAUUCACUAGAGAAGAGCACUUUAGAAGUGAAACGCCUUACUCUUGAAGUAAACCGCCUCUCCAAAGAGAUCGACAAGGAAGUGCCAAAAGGUCUGACAGAGGAGCUCGCUGAAAGCGACGAAAGAAUGAAGGAGCUUGAGUACAAACUGGAUCAGCUGAGCCUUGAACAUCAAGCACUGAUGACUGAGUUGGCAGAGAGAAAGAACGAAAAUGCAACCUUGCGUGUGGCAGUGGAGGAAGCGACACUCUCCAAAGAAGAUUGUGAGAGGAAAUUUGGAGAUGCAGAAAAAGAACUAUAUGACGAACUCGAUGAAGUACAACAAGAAUUGGAAAGCAAGAAGAAUACAAUUGCAUCUCUUGAAGAGCAACUUUCUAAGUUUAAACGAUCCGAAUCUGAGCGAAAACAAGCCCUUAAAAAGAUCUCAGACGAAACAUCGGUUAAAGACUUUCAAAAGCAGCUCAGAGAAUCCAACGACGAAUUAAAAGAAAAGAACAAGAUGAUUUCAACUUUGAAGGACGAAAUUACUGACCUUAAAAGAUCCAAACAAAAACUAGAACGAGAACAAAAACAGACGACAGCUGAUAAAAAAACGUUAAGCGACCUUCAGAACAAGCUCGAGAAGUUGCAAAAGGAAUUACAGGUGAAAAACAAAACGAUUACUUCUUUAAACGAAGAAAUUGCUGAACUCAAACGAUCAAGUCAUGAGCAAAAGAAAGAGAUGCAAGAUAAACUUGAAGAAUUGAAAAGAGAGAUGGUCGCAAAAGAUCAAAAAAUUACAUCACUUACAGUGAAUGCCGAUCAAAAGAAAAUGAGUCGUGAUCAAAUUGACAGAAAUGAAGAGAUAACGCCAGAAAAGAUGACGAAAGGCGAUGAAAUUACUCUCCUCAAACAUGAGCUUGCAGAAAAAGAGAGAAAAAUUGGUUUGCUAGAGGAAGCGAUAGUCGACCACAAACGAACAAUUUUUGAACAGGAAAGGGAAUUCGACGAGAAGGAAGCGAGUUUGGCGACAGCUCGUGAAGAGUUUUACAAGGGUUUGAGAGAAAGAUGCGAAGAUGAGGAACGACUUGAAAGCCUGAGACGGGCAAAUAAUCGACUUCAGGAAGCGCUGAAUAUUGCCCGGGAGAAGGAGAGUAAACUAAAGAAAGACCUAAAAGAAGCAACAGAUCGAGGAUUCACGCCGAGUGGGCAAAGAGAGAGAGGCGCUCUUGACAACGAGUUUUUAGAAGUGCGUUAUGAAGUUGAGACGUUGCGUAAGCUUUCGUACGAUGAGCGCGCGGAGAAAAAUUCUCUGAGAAAGACAAGUUUAGAAUUAAAAAGAUCCCCGAGUGACACGAAAGACAAAGACGGCAAAGACUGGGACAAAGUCAAGGAACUGAGGAGAGAAAAAGACUGUCUGUUCACAGAAAACCAAACAUUGAAGAAAACAGUGAGAGACCUGACUGUGGAGCUUGAAAUAAUAAGGAAAGAGAUGGUAUUUAAAGAGAUUGGAAAUUCGAAACAACAGAAGAAUGAGUUAUCGUUCUCCAAAGAAGCUAUCGAAAGAAAAAAUAAGGCGAUUGAAACCGAACUUCAUGAAACAAAAUACAGUUUGAAUGUCUUAGAAAAGCAGCAUGGUGAUUUAAAAGACAAAUUCCGGAAGCUAGAGGAAGAUCGUACAAACGUGGAUAAUGAUAGGAUAAAACUUGUAGACGACGCACAUGCAUUUAAAGUAAAGAUGGAGAAGAAAAAUCAAGAUCUUUUGUCCAAGCUUGAAGCUAAAGAACAUGAAGCCAUAUCUCUGCAAGAAAGAGUCGAAGGUCUCAGUGCCCUAGUACGAAAAUUCGAAAACGAUGUCCGUAGCUUGGAGAAAGACAAAGAAGACCUCGCGUCACAAGUUCGUUUGCUUGAGUAUGAUAAAGAACGAAUCGAGGAGAUAAACAAACAGCAAAAGGCUCAGACUGAAAAGCUUCUUCUUGACAGCGGAAGCCAGAAAGAUUUAAACAACAAGUUAAGGACCAUGUUCUCAGAAAACGACAGACUGGAAGGAAUGAAUAACAAAUUACAAGCGGACUUAAGGGAGCUGUACCGGGAGGUCGAUAGGAAAGAGGAAGACCAGAAAAAACUUAUUGAGGAACUACACGAAAUGGCGCUGAAGGUUAAGCAGCUCGAGAAGGAGAAGCAAAACGAAGCAUCUCUCAAAGAGCAACUUGCCGAGCAACUGAUGGAGAAAGACAACGCUAUGAAGACGAAGACAAAGAUCCUGUCUACCCGUUUAGAUGGGCUAUUGAAAGAAACUGAAAAUCUCAAAGAUUCUUCGGGAAAAAUGGAGCAAAUGGCAUUUGAUUACAGACGAUUGGAAGACGAAAACUUGCAGCUUAUAGAAGGCGCAGAGAAAUUACGUGAAGAGAUUGUUGGUCUGCAAAAGGAGAACGAUCUUCUACGACGAGCUUGUCAACAGUUGAGAGGAAGAAAGUCCAUCACAGAAGAUAAAAUCGUUCUUGAUGGUUCAAAUACGGAACUUAGAAGCGACCCAUACCCCAGAAAAGGCUCACUGAAUAAACCGUCAGUCCAUAAAUUCCAACCUAUCGAGGAAAGAGUUUCUGCAGAGGAAAAAAGUGAGCUGAACGCGAUGAGCAGUAGAGACCUUCAAGAGCUUCGUCGAAGAUCACAUGAUCCAGUUCCCAGCGAUAUAAAAAUAUCUAAAGGAACGCUAGCACCCAUGCCCCCUUGGACAGGAGAGGCAAGGGGCCACCAGUCCCCAAAGGACCGACAAAGGUCAAACAGUACACCAGUGGUGAAACGUUUCCCUUCAGGGGCACCAGAGAUACGACGGGAGGCAGCCCCACAUCCCAAGGGCCCCUCGCCACCCUCAACGGAUUCAAGCCGUAGCUCAGAAGCAGACCGCAGUAUUUGCUCCAGGAGCUCAUAUUGUAGUCCUAUCUUGUCCGUGGUGGAUAUGUGCCCCCUGCACCGGAACCCCUCGAUGGAACGUCCUCCGAAUCAAUGUCCCAUUUGUAAGAAAGAGAGAAGACGGCCUGGUGCUGCGCCAAAGGAAUUUAUGACUUUGGAAAAAUACGUAUGAAAUUACCUUAAUGACAUAUAUAUAGUUUUAGAGUAUAUAAUAUAUCUUUAGUUAAGAUUUUUUUUUCGUUUUUUAAUAACAAACCUCAACUUAUUCGUGUGUUCCUAGAUUUCCAUAUUUCCAUUUAUUCUCUCAUCCAAUUUUAUUUUAAUUACAACGAGGAUAGUAAUAUUUCAGCUUAAGUCAGAAUACUUCGAGGUCAGCGAUUGGUCUCCGAGGAUCAAACCAAGGUAGAAGUCUGGGGUUUAUUGGUCUUAAAGUAAAACAUGAGACGAGGUUGAAAAAUUAAUGUUAAAGCCGUGAAAAUGCUAAGUAUUCUCAAAAGUUCACAUAAUGUUAUUGCCUAGUCAUAAACCUUCUACUUCGCUGUUUGCUUUUAAAAUUUGGUAACGUCACCUGUCAGUUACGUUAGCAGUGAACCCCCUCCUAAGGAAAUAUCUGGAUCCACCAUUUACUUAGCAUAGAAAACGAGUUAUUGUAGUGACUCGAUAUGCAAACACGUUACUGGCCCACUUCGACGUGAACUGUGAUAGCAUGACAUCUUUCUUCAUGCAUGAUUUUAACCCUUUAAAUCCCAAAGUCUGAUCGCUAAUUCUCUCCUCUGGCUGCUACAAAUUUCCUUUUGAAUUAGUUACAAGAAUUUGGUGCAAGAUCAAGGAAACAACAUCUACCUGAUAAGUUUGAGUAUUCUCGAUACCUGUUUUGUGGAUAUAUGGAUAUUAUAGGGAGAAGUUACAUGUUCAUCACUUCUGGAAGUUAAAGUGUUAGGUCAUUUUCAUUAAGCAAGCUCUAAGGUCCGAAGUUCAUUAGAUGAUACGUGCAUCGGUGGAGUUCAUUUUUAUACUUAACUGUUUCGUUUUUUGCAAGCUCGUUUGAGGUGGCACAUUUUAGAAGUAUUCAUCAUUAAUGCUAUGGUUUUUUUUUUUUUUGGACAAAUAAUGUUCUUACAAAGAGGGGAAUAUAAACAAAGUUUUUCAAUUGUGUAAACUUAACACACUGUAUCACUGGGUGUGUCUGGGUAAAACAAAAUUCAAAUUUUAUCAAAAUCUGUACAUAUAUUCUAUUAUCAAAAAUGAUAAAUUAUUUUAACACUUUUAUCCACAUGGCUUGUUCUUUGUUUUCCAUAUGUAUCUGCUGAAAGUUGUCUCUUUUCCUUUAAAAAACUAUCAUCGCUGAUUAAGGGAAUUAGAUUCGACAAGAUUUACAACCGUAUAACGCGAUACUCUUGCAUACAGUACCUGGAUGAAAGAAAGCAGUUGAAACUAAUAGAUUACCUCUGGGACUUCGGCUAUGUUUUAGAACAGCAUGGGGUUAAACGGAGAUCUUUCCCGUGGUUAAGCGUAUCUUUUCCUGAUGGCCAUACAGUGCAUGCAGAUAUAAUAACUGAACACAACUACAUCUUAAGGAGACUUUCGAUUGCGGAACAAAAACGAAGAAAAACGCCGGCGAACGUCGACUGAGAAUAUUUUUUCGAAUUACUUUUACGCGAUGUUCGAAUUGCUGCCCUAUAAGGAAUUCACAAGUUGGUAACGAAAACAGAGGCUUAUACUUGAAAUAAACUUUUCCACUGGGAGUUAGAAAGCGUAGAAGGAGAAGGGAAUUGAAUUGGAUAAGGUUGCAUGUCUUGCAUUGUUAAAAUGAUUCUACUCAAACUGUAGACUACCGUGAGCCUACAAUCAUGAGGUCAUACGCGAGAAGUGACAGAAUUGAUGGUAGUCAGCAGAAGAGGUCCAAGCAAAAGAACUCCAACAUGGACGGCCACCAACCAGGUUGGUGAUUAUUGAACUAAAUCAACAUAACGAUGUGAACCUUCCUUCGCAAUAUUGUAAUUUUUAGUUGAGUGUCGAAAGUACUCCGGGAUUGCAUUGGUUUUGCUCUACUACG